AUGUCCGCCAUUUCGACCGAUUCGAUUACCGGCCAAGCCUAUUCAGAGCGAACACUCGCGAUAAUAAAGCCUGAAGCUUAUGAAAAUUCUGAAGAUAUUGAGGGACAUAUACGCAGUAAUGGAUUUAUGAUUCUCGCGAGGCGAGAAGUUCGCCUUACACCAGAACAUGCUGCGGAACUAUACAAAGGUCACUACGGAAGACAUCACUUUCCACAUCUGGUGGCGCAUAUGUCAAGUGGGCCUGUAAUAGCAAUGGUACUUGCAGCUAGGAACUGCAUUAAUAGAUGGAAGACCCUUAUGGGACCAGCCAGAGUCGUGGAAGCUCAAGCUUAUUGGCCAGACAGCCUUCGAGCCUGCUACGGGCGUCGCACUAAAUACGGCGACUAUUUUAAUGGGCUCCACGGUAGCGCAAAUUUGGCUGAAGCUAUCAGAGAAAUACAUUUCUUUUUUCCUACGAUGAUUAUCGGUCCCAUACUUCGUGCAAGCCAGGUGAACGAUUAUAUACAAAAGAAUAUCACGCCAACAUUACUUCCUGCUCUAACUGCAUUGGCACAGGAACGACCCGCUGAACCAAUAUUAUGGCUCGCUGAUCACUUACAUAGACACAACCCUAACGAGCCAGAGUUAGCGCCGCAAGCGCGGGAAAUGCGAGAAGACGUGCGCUGUCAAACGCCAGUGCCCUCUGAGGAAUCUUACAAAUGA